AUGUCCUACCCGCAGUUUGGGUACCCCUACUCCUCGGCACCCCAGUUCCUGAUGACCACCAACUCCCUGAGCACGUGCUGCGAAUCCGGUGGCCGCACGCUGGCCGACUCCAGGCCGGCUGCCUCAGCCCAGGCGCCCGUCUACUGCCCGGUCUACGAGAGCCGGCUGCUGGCCACCGCGCGCCACGAGCUGAACUCAGCGGCGGCGCUUGGCGUCUAUGGGGGUCCCUACGGCGGCUCGCAGGGCUACGGCAACUACGUGACCUACGGUUCUGAGGCGUCUGCCUUUUACUCGCUGAACAGCUUCGACUCCAAGGACGCACCGGGAUCUGCGCAUGCGAGCCUCGCUCCAGCAGCGGCCACAGCCUACUACCCCUACGAGCCGGCGUUGGGCCAGUACCCCUACGACAGGGGCCACUGCCGGCGCCCCAUUGCCCAGCCUGUCUCCAGGUACGGGACCAUGGACAGCGGCACGCGGCGGAAGAACGCCACGCGCGAGACUACCAGCACCCUCAAGGCCUGGCUGCAGGAGCACCGCAAGAACCCCUACCCCACCAAGGGCGAGAAGAUCAUGCUGGCCAUCAUCACCAAGAUGACCCUCACGCAGGUCUCCACCUGGUUCGCCAACGCGCGCCGGCGCCUCAAGAAGGAGAACAAGAUGACGUGGCCGCCGAGGAACAAGUGUGCGGAUGAGAAGCGGCCCUACGCGGAGGGCGAGGAGGAAGAGGGGGGCGAGGAGGAAGCCAGGGCGCAGCCCCUCAAGAGCACCAAAGGUGCAGAGCCCACAGACAAAGAGAAGGAUCUGGAGCUCAGCGACUUGGAGGACUUCGACCCCCUGGAGGGGGAGCCCCCAGAGUGCGAGCUGAAGCCGCCCUUCCAACCCCUGGAUGGAGGCCUGGAUCGAGUCCCCACCGUGCCAGACGGCCCCAGCGCCCCCGGGAAGGAGGCUCCGGGCGCCCUCCGGAUGCCCCUGGCCGCCGGGGGUGGGGCCACUCUGGACCAGGACCUGGAGAGGGCCCGGAGCUGCCUCCGGAGCACGGCGGCUCGGCCGGAGCACCAGGCGGGCGCGGGCGCGGGGGUUGGCCCGCAGGCCUGCGAGCCCAAGCUGGGCUUUGCUCCAGCGGGGGCGUCGGCGGGCCUCGAGGCCAAGCCGCGCAUCUGGUCCCUGGCACACACGGCCACCGCGGCCGCCGCCACCGCCCUCGGCCAGACUGAGUUUCCCUCGUGCAUGCUCAAGCGCCAUGGCCCCCCUGGCCCUGCGGCCCCCUCCUCGGCGCCCGCCUCCUCCUCGCCUGCGACCCCGGCUCCCGCCGGUGCCCUGGACAGGCACCAGGACUCCCCGGUAACCAGUCUCAGAAACUGGGUGGACGGGGUCUUCCACGACCCCAUCCUCAGACACAGCACUUUGAACCAGGCCUGGGCCAGCGCCAAGGGCGCCCUCCUGGACCCGGGGCCGCUGGGCCGCUCGCUGGCGGGGGGCGCCAACGUGCUGACGACGCCCCUGGCGCGCUCCUUCCCGCCCGCUGCGCCCCAAGAUGCCCCCGCCUCCGGCGCAGCCAAGGAGCUGCUAGCCACGCCCAAGGCCGGCGGCAAGCCCUUCUGCGCCUAG